AUGGGCACUCCAUUUGUGGUUUCAAAUUUUGUUAAGAAUCAACUCUGUCGUAAAAGGGUCCUAGUUGUUCUUGAUGAUGUGAAUAAUUCAAGCCAAUUAGAAUAUUUAGCUGGAGACCAUGAUCGAUUUGGUCCUGGAAGUAGAAUCAUUAUAACAACUAAAGAUAAACAAGUGCUUAGCAAUAGAGCUCAAGUAAUUUAUGAUGUUAAGAAGUUAGAUUGUGAUGAAGCUCUUGAGCUCUUCUAUUUUAAGGCUCAAGGAAACGACUCUCUGCCAACUAAUUAUAUAGAGAUGUCAAAUCAGGUGGUAGCUUAUGCAAAUGGUAUCCCAUUGGCUCUUAAAGUUUUGAGUUCUUUCCUUUGUUCCAAGAGCAAAGAAGAAUGGGCAAGCGAAUUACGUAAACUGAAAGUAGUUCCUAACAUGGAAAUUCAAAAUGUUUUGAGACUUAGCUAUGAGGGACUAGAUGAUAGAGAAAAGGACAUAUUUCAUGAUAUUGCUUGUUUCUUUAAAAGGGAUGAUAGAGAUGAUGUGCAAAGCAUAUUAAAUGCUUGCGGUUUCUUUACAAAUAUUGGAAUAAGAGUUCUCAUUGAUAAAUCUCUCAUAACUAUCAUGGAUAAUAAACUAUGGAUGCAUGACCUAUUGCAAGAGAUGGGUAAGGAGAUCAUCCAUCAACAAUCCACAAAAGAGCUUGGAAAUAGCAGUAGGUUGUGGAAUGAUGAUGUCUAUCACUUAUUGGAAAAUAAUACAGUAAACUCUUCCAUAUCAUAUGGUUACCUUACACAGUCAGAAAGGGUGAUAGGUUAUGUGCACGGUGUACAGUUAGCUCUUAAAGUUUUGGGUUCCUUCCUUCAUUCCAAGAGUGCAGAAGAAUGGCAAAGUGCUUUGGAUAAACUGAAAAGGAUGAUAAUGAAAAGGAUGUAUUUCUUGAUAUUGCAUGUUUCUUCAAUGGAUAUGGUUUAG